AGUCAGUAAGAGAAGAUAAAUUAAGAUAAUAUCAGGUUACAGUCGUGCAAGAAAAGAUGAUUCAUGAAACGCCUGAAAUAGCUAUAAGAUUCUUGAAGCAACUGCAAGAAUCCUGAAACAACUGUAAGAGCCCUGAAGCACAUGUGCCAUUAUCGAGACGCCUGAAAUAGCUGUGAAAUUCCUGAAACAUUUGAAACAGGUGUAAGGUUUCUGAAACAAACUGUAAGAAUCCUGAAAAGCCUGAAGUAAAAAAUCUUACCGCAGAUGAAGCCUCAGGACAAGGAAGCCUCUCCGGGCAACCCUCCACCACCGCUGACAUUUCCUGAAGCCCCCUAUAACCCCUGAAACGUGCUGAAGCAUUCAGAGGCCUCCCGAAGCCUUUUGAAGCACCCCGAAAUACCUGAAGUCUGCUAAAGCCUUUUUUUAAAUCCCAUGAAUAUUGCUGAAACAUACUGAAGCUAUCUGAAGCCCACUAUAGCCUCUGAAGCCUGCUGAAGUGACCUGACUCCUCCUGAAUCCCGUUGAGUCAUCCUGAAGUCCCCUGAAGCUUGCUGAAGCCCUUGGGGAGGGAGGUUCUCGACUUCAGGAAGGACAUGGACUUGUCUGUGUUCAUCUUCGUCGUCCUCACGCUCAGUCAUCCUCCACGAGUUAGGGUCACAAGGUCGACGAGAGAGAAGCGUCAGGUACCAGCAGGUCAUCCUUCAGUGUCCUCCAGAGAUCCUAUACCAGUGGCCUUCAGAGAUCAACAGGUAUCCAGAAACCAAGCUUCAGGGGCCUUCAGGGGUCAGCAGGUGUUCAAAGAUCCAUUUCCUUCAGGGAGUUUCAGGACCCAACAGGUGUUCGGCGCUUCAAUUUCUUCGGUGGCCUUUACAGACCAACAAAUGUCCAGUACUCUCACUUCAGAGGCCUUCACAGACCAACAGGUGUCCAGAUCUCUCACUUCAGGAGCCUUCGGAGACCAACGACUGUUCAGAGAUCCAUUUCCUUCAGGGAGUUUCAGGACCCAACAAGUGUUCGGACCUUCCAUUUCUUUAGGGACUUUUGGAAACCAACAGGUUUCGAGACCUCUUUCAGGGACCUUCAGAAACCAACAAUUUCCAGCAAAUACUUCAGGAGCAGGUAUCAUUGGCCUUGUAGCAUCCAAUGACUUCCUCCGGCCAUCCUCAAAUCCUCCGUCAGAGUCCUUUAGGAGCGAGGGAGCGCUGCCACGGGACCUUUCAACCUUCUCUGUCAUCCUGUCGUCUGAACCUCACUAUAAUGGCACCAGCCAGCAGAUAGACGCGUGCCCCAGGGAUGAGGUGAAGCUUCCUGACGGCGGGUGUUACCAUCUACUGACGCAGGGGCCAUGUAACGUGACGGAGUACGUCUUGCUGAACCCUGAGACUAACCAAGGCUACUGCGCCCCGAGACUCUGUGCUCCAGACCGCAUCUUCGUCUUCAGUGACCAGAUGUGUCACGACCCCAGAGAUUCACGCCUAUGUGCAGCGGGUCGUGAGCUAUAUGAGUCAGCCUACGGGACGCCUGUAUGCCAGUGUCCAGACGGUACCUACGAGGGGGGUGUUGACGCUGAGGGUGAGGUGUGUGACGCCAUCCUAACCCAGUCCCUCACCUGUGGCCCGGGACAGGUGCUGUGGUUCAGGGACUUCGGGGCCCCUCGUGAGUGUCUGGCGGACCCUUGUGGCGACCUCAACCUAAACCGCCGUCCAAGUGACCUUCUCUACGUCCCUUCCCAGCUCGACGGACGCUGCUACCAGAUCGGACAGAGGAGCGAGGUGUGUGGGCCAGAUAUGUUGUACACCCUGGCGCUGGAUACACUGACGGGUGUUUGUACCACCCUCGAGGACGCCGGCUAUCUCGUCCUCGACAACGAGACUUUGACAAUCUUCGAGGACUUCUACGGACCGUUCAUCCCCAAGACCGUGAACGGGACCACCACACCGUCACGGCUCAUGGGUUCUGAAGAGAGAGAUUUCCCCGGUUUGCUACGAGGACACGGCCAACGAGACCAAGACCCGCGAGUUCAGGGCAAGACUACGCGAGGACAAGGCAGGUUAGACAUGGCGACGGGGGGCAUCUCCAUACUGCAGGGAUCUCACCUCAACACCUCUAUAGUACCCGGGGCAGUGAAUCCGCACCAGCUGCUCCAGAGCCCACCCCUCCCAGGCACCGUCGUGAAGGAGGUGAUGACGAGGACGAAGAACCCAGCCACCGUGAGGAAACAACACGAGCGAGACAGAGAGACCCACGGCACAAGAGAUCAUCUGGGAGAAGGGAGGACUCCACAGACACCUCUUCAUAGGUACUCAGGUUUAGCAGCUCCUCAUAAGUAUUUAGAACCUGGUGAGGGUGCCAGUGUUCUUGGAGAAAUACUCACGGGGCGUCUGGUAGCAGAAGCGACUAUUAGAGGACAUGACAAAUACGACUUCGACACACAAGACACUGGACGUGAGCUGAAGGCGGCCCUGACCAAGGCGCGGAAAGCUGAGGAAGGUAGCGGCCUGUCUACCUUUUACGAUGGUGUGGAGAUCCUGUUGUCACCCUUGUUGACUGAGGGACCACGACACCAUCACCAUCACCAUCACCAUCACCACCAUCAUCAUCAUCAUCCUCGACCCAAGUCCAUCACUGCCUUGAAUCGGGGACCUACGCAAGUUCAGGGGUCUCCUCGUUUACUUCAUCGAGCUGUGAGGACAAUUCAGGAGCCUGUGCACUCACUUCACCAGGGUGUGAGGACAGUUCAGCGCCCCCUUCACUCACUUCAUCAGUCCGCGAGAACAGGAAGAGCUCGCCGCCGUGUGAGGAGAGGGAUGGCGCUGCCUCACUUCGUCCCUGGUAAUAUCUUCGACACUCGUCUCGUCACCUGUCGUUCAGGGGCGAGGCGGGACGUGAACGCUAAGUGCCGCAACACGAUCCUGCCCUCUCGGUCACCAGAAGGGAGGAGUGCCACGGUGGGCGUCAACACUGCCAGGGGCGGGGCGCACGAUGCAGGUCUAGACGCGAGGGUGGCGGCAUCAGUGUUGCCUCGACCUAACUGCCCUCUGGGUCAAGCAUUCAGCCUCCUCCGGCAGUGUCGGGAGAGGUCAAUUGCCAUCAACUCUAUCAUCAGCAUCAACCUGGGCUAACCUACAUUAUGGCACUGUUAGAUGGCACUCUCCUGAUUUAACAUAGUCCGUUGGCACUGUCUCUCGGUUACGUCAUAAGCAGAGUGACGUCACAAUGCCGUCACCAUAAGAGGCGUUCUGGGUAAAUUUUGGCCAAACAGAAAUUUAUUUAUUUACUUUUAUUUAUU